GAGGCAAAACUGGAACCACCCUACUCGAACAUUAAAUCCACUUAUCAACAUCAUGCUCGGCCGGUCACCUUCCCAACUACUGAGAACGGGACUCUAUCCGGCCCAUAGGACAAUCUUGAAGAAUCCUUCAACCUCAACUCGCGCAGCCUAUUUACAUGGAACCUCGAGUCUCCAAUCGAUCUCGCCGUUGCGGAUGCCAGCCCUAUCGCCAACCAUGGAAGCCGGCCAAAUCUCGAAAUGGAAUGUGAAGACCGGUGAUCGAUUUUCGGCUGGGGAUGUACUACUGACGAUCGAGACCGACAAGGCCGAGGUCGAUGUGGAAGCGCAGGACGACGGCUACAUGGGCUCACAGCUCUUCGGUCCGGGCACUAAAACAACCACCAAGACCAUCAAUGUUGGAGAGGUCAUCGCAAUCCUUGGAGAGCAAGAAGAAGAUAUCAAAACCACCGAUGUCCCCUCCGAAUGGAAGUCCCAAAACUCUUCCACGUCUAGUGAUCACAACUCGGCGAGUGCCCAAGAAGGAGAAGCUCAUUCUCAUAGCUCAACCGACCAAUCCCAAACCUCCACGGCCAACCCACCAGGACAGGUCCUCAAAACUCUUCUACCCCUCAGUCCCGCCGUCAACCGAAUUUUGAAUGAACUGGGUGUGAAAGAUGCUACAAAGAUCAAAGGAACAGGUCUCCGGGGCAGAUUAACGAAGGGAGAUGUGUUGACACAUUUUAAGAAGGCAUCGUCGCCGAGUGGGACCGCCCAGAAGAUGAUCCAAGCAGAUGCGGAUGCUCGACUAGCAGAGAGAUCGAAACUAGGCUCGUCCUCGAGCUCCAAAUCGACUGAAGCACAGGAUUUGCCACCGCUCGACGCUUCGGCGGUUCGUCUAUUUAUCACUGAGGGAUUAUCGGGUUUGACCAAUCGCUCUUCGACUCCCUUCACUGCUUCAUCUUUCGACUCUCUUCUGGACGACUAUUCGCUUCCCUCUUCAGUCACCAAAACAACCCAGACAGCACAGCCUGUACCUAUCUCGGGACAAUCAAACGAUAAAUAUUUUGAAGGUUUUGUGUGACCUCACAAGCCAAAAGAAAAAAAAGAGAAAAAAAAAACGUCUUGCGAGAACCUGAAAGAGAAAUUAUAUAGAAAAUUGGAUUGCUUUAUCGAGAUAGCAAUGGCUCUACUUUUCACCCCUGCUGUUGCUAAUGUCCUCCUUUCCUAAUCAGCAGAUCUUUUUGUUCUAGAGUUUUCAUCCAAUGAGAUAUCCUUAUAGAUAUCAGAAACAAUGUGCUUGGUUGGCUUGUAUUCUGUUGUGUCUUGUCAAUGAUCAAUGUAGAUAUCAUAUAAACCCCUUGAGCUUGUUUGGAUCAGGACUUUGGAGUCGGAGGAUCCAGCUACAUUGGUAUAUAUGGAGCAUUCAAACAAACAUCACAUCCACACAAGUCUUCAAUAAUGUUGUCAUGCUCAUCGUGUCUUUCCUUAGGCUAGAUUCAUCCUAACAACUCCCUUGUUCUAUGUGACAUUGUGUAUGCAUGGAAGCUGCCUGGUUGAUGCACACCCUUCCGGUUUUUCUUAAUUAUUGGCCAUUUUCCAUUGUGUCUGCAUUUUUUUUCAUUUAUGGAGGGGUGCAUUUAUGCCCCUUCCUAGCCAAUGGAAGAGUGAGAGAGUAAAAGAGGGAAAACCUUGAUGGAUAUU